AUGUCUGCUAAAUACAAUUUGGGUAGAUGCAGUAAAAUUUGGAGUGAAAUAGAGUUGUUGUGUUGGCUGCCCUCUUUAUGUCUUACUAUAAGUACUGCUAAUAGUACUUCUGAUAUAUUAGAACAUGGCCAUUCUCUACUAGAGCAUUGGCACCUGGAUGAAGCGGGUGCAAAUUUUGACACUUGUUCUUUUCUGCUCUGUAUCUGUGAUCUCUUGCACAAUGAUGUUGGAGAAUUUCUGUGGGAUGAGGCCAAUGGCUUGCUGGAUGAGAUGUUUACGAAUAGGGUAUCCAACAUUCAUCAGGUGAUUGGGCAGAUGAUCAAGGGAGAUUAUGAUGAUAUUUCUAAUUGGCAGAUGGUAGAGUACGUCUUGGACAAACUGAACUCUGAAGGUUGUGGUUUGGGGAUGAGGUGCUACAACACACUUUUAGAUGCACUUUGGUGGCUGGGCCAAAAGAAACAGGCUGCAGUAGUGCUCAUUGAAGCAACAAAGCGGGGGAUUUUUCCUGAACUAUUUUGUAUCAGUAAACUUGUUUGGCCUGUGGAUGUACACAGAAUGUGGCCUGGUGGUGCAUGCACAGCAACAUCAGUUUGGCUCAACAAUAUGCAGGAGAUGUUGAUAAAUGGGGAGGAUCUUCCUCAAAUGGCGACUGUUGUUGUAGUGCGGGGGCAGAUGGAGACGAGUUCAAUGACACGAGAUUUUCCUGUUGCCAAGGCUGCUUAUUCUUUUUUGAAGGAUAAUGUUUCAUCAUCCUUUUGUUUUCCUGGGUGGAACAAGGGACGGAUUGUCUGUCAACGGUCUCAGCUAAAGAAAAUUCUAUCUGGGACGGAAUCAUCUUCAGAUGGGUCCAAAAAAGAUCAUAUUUGUACUUUAAACAAUUCCCACAUUCCUCUUCCGGAAACUAGAACAUCCAUGGGUGAUGCCAAGAGAGGCCAAUAUGGCAAUGCUGAUACUGAAACAAGUAGAACAAGUACAGAACUUGCGACUAGCACUGUAGAGGCAAAAAAUUAUACCUCUGAGUGAAUUUGUG